AUGUCAGAGCCAUCAUCAUCACCACCGAGUCUAGUUUCAGAUAAUGAAGGCUCUCGAGAUGCAACCACAUCAGAAUUAUCAAGAACAGCUACUUCAAGAUAUGUUACGAGUGACAUCUCCCAGAAAAAUGAUUGCAGAUUAAGUGGGAUAACUUCCCAUGGUGUUGAGGACAUACUAUCUGAAGGUGUACAUUAUGGUAUCAAUGACACCGUAUUCACUGAUUGCAAGCCUGAAACUGUAUCAUCAAUUCCUAAUUCUUUUGUACAAGACUACAACUCUAGAGACUCAACAGGAUUUAGUAUUCAUGACAUUCUCGGUUUGCAUCAAUCCUUCAACCCCGCCAACUGUCAAGAUGACUUAGAACCAAGAUAUGGGUAUGAAAUUCCAAAUUAUGAAAAUAUUAGCAAUAACUCCAACAACUACGGGUCGGGAACAGAAGAAGUGAUUACAAAGGAUUGCAUUGAUAAACAUGAUAACAUAUACUGCUCCAGCGCUAUACAUGGACAUCAAAUUAUUUAUCCAAAUAAUUAUGCUAACAACGACUUGACUCGCUAUCAUGACAGAAGUGAUGUAGGGAGCGAAGUUAUAAAAGAUUCUGCCAGAGAACUCAACUUACAAGAUUCUAGUUUUCCCAGUCAGAAUUCUGCAUGGAGUAACCAUUCACCAUCCAGUACUCCUAUUAGAACAUCUUCAACUGUAUCAGCUACCGAUAUGUCCAACGACUCGUCUUACCAAAAGGGAUUUACGAAACGUGCUCGUACAGCGUACACCAGCUCCCAACUUGUUGAGUUAGAAAAUGAGUUUCAUCAGAACCGUUAUCUCUGCCGUCCAAGACGCAUCGAGCUGGCAAACUACUUGCAACUUUCAGAAAGACAAAUCAAAAUUUGGUUCCAAAACAGAAGAAUGAAAUACAAGAAAGACAACAAACACAACAAACCAUCUUCAUCUAUAGACGUCAGCAGCCCUUCAAGUUCAAAGGAGAUGUCCCCUAGUCAAGAUCAUAAAACGAGCCAUGGAAGAGGCUGUGGUGGACACGAUAGACAUCGACGCCUUCUUACUGAUAAUCAUGCUUCGCAUCACAAACUUUAUUUAACUUCUAACGAUAGUCUUACAAGACCACCGGAGUAUUCAUCAAUUAGUCCAUUGAAGUCCGUCAUAAAAGGAUCUCAAAGUACAAUAGAGCUUCCGUCAUACACGCCAAACUUAUCCUAUUCGUCGUACUACACGGCUGGAACGAGCAGGCCAGCUUACUCACCGAUGCCUGAGCUUUAUCGGUACAACAACGAUGAAUCACUUCCUUCAAAUUCUAAUACUCUGCCUUCUUUGACGUCGGACAAUUACGUGCCAAACGGGACAAAUUUAAAACUAAAUGACGACUUAGUGAGAUUUGGUUCUAGUUCAUCUUAUUAUAGUCCAUUGACAAAUAGUGUUGUUAUCCCUCCUAUUACAAGUGAUAGCUAUACAUUCAGUACCAUGGCAUCGGCGACAAUGCCUACAUAUGAUGAGAGCAGUCUCCGUACAAGGACGUCUACUUUGACAAUGCCUCAGGAUCCUUACUUUUCAUACUUACCAGCUUCAGAUCCAACAGCUCAGCAUUCUUCAACCUCCAAAUAUUCUUCGUACAUUUCUUUAUAA